CCCUGCUUAACCCCUUCAGAUUGAGCUUUCCAACACCUUUCCUUAUACCAUAGGCUUUUCCGCCUCCCUAGAGAAACAGUUGGAGCAUCGCACGGUGAGGGGGAGGAGAUGGCAGUACCAGCGAGAUCUAACGGUCUGGGAGAAGAAGAGGACGACAACGGUAUCUUUGUCGAAGAAGAGGAAGACGGCGGUAUCAUUGUCGAAGAAGAAACGGAGCUGAAACAAGUUGUCAUAGCCGUCGAGCGCGGCGAUGUAGAAUCCCUUCGCCAAUGCCUAGCUAACUUAAGCAGCAUAGAUCAACCAUUAGAAGAUGGAGAUACAGCUCUUCACCUUUCCUGUUUGUAUGGCAAACUGUCAUGUGUUGAGCUGUUGCUUGAUAAGGGAGCCUCUUUGGAGGCCAAGGACGAAGACGGCGCUAUUCCCUUGCAUGAUGCCUGUGCAGGAGGAUUCAUUGAAAUAGUUCGGCUUCUUAUCAAUAGGGCCGAUCCAGAGUGUGUAAAGAGGAUGCUGGAGACAGUUGACAUGGAAGGUGAUACACCUCUACAUCAUGCUGCAAGAGGUGAGCAUGCACAUGUUAUAAAGUUGUUGCUAGAUUCUGGGGCUUCUCCUACCAAGAAAAAUUCAUUUGGCAAGAUCCCUAGUGAGCUUGCUGAACCUGAUUCCGAAGCUAUCGAAGUCUUUGAAAGGGCUGCAAAUGCAAUGGCUACCUACUGAGUUUUUUGUUUGUUUGUUUGCGGAAUAUAAUAGCACGAGCACGGCUUCUUCUUUAUCUUCUUUUUUGAAAUAUUGACUCGAAGAUUCUCAUCACCAUCUACAUCCCCAGAUGCUAAUGGAAGUAUGCCUAGAAGGAAGGCACUGACAUUUGUUGGACAAUGUGCUAUCAUGAAUAUGUAUUUUUGCAAUGUCCUUUGCCCAUUGUCUUUUAGGUUUUGAUAAUGACAAAAGGGUGACAAAAUAUCAUCAUUAUUUUGUGCAUCAAGGCUAAGAAUCAAGCUACAACAAGUUCAUAUCCGUCCGUGAAGAAGGGACUUGAGCAUCGGUGGAAGGAACGAGACUGAAGAGAUUGUUUCCUUAGUUGGGUAGUGUUUUAGGUCUUAGAUUUUGUGUUAAAGAGUAUGGCAUCUCUAAGGUUCAUUCCCUUAUCAUCCUACUUUUAAAACACAUUUUUUUCUAGCAAACUAUUCAAAUAAAUUGCAAAAUAUUCG